AUGGACAGCUCCUUCCCCGCCAACUCCAGCGCGUGCGGCCCCUUCGCGCCUCCCUCGGCCGGCUGCCCGCCCCUUGCGCCGGGCAUCUGGGGCAACCUGUCCGGGCGCCCGGAGGUGCCCGGCUGGAACCAGUCCGACCCCUGCAGCGGCACCAACAGCAGCCAGGGGGGAGGCAGCGGCAGCCCGUGCCCGGCGAGCGGGGUCAGCCCCUCCAUGAUCACAGCCAUCACCAUCAUGGUUCUCUACUCCGUCGUGUGCGUGGUGGGGCUCUUUGGAAACUUCUUGGUCAUGUAUGUCAUCAUCAGGUACACCAAAAUGAAGACUGCCACCAAUAUCUAUAUUUUCAACCUUGCCCUGGCAGAUGCCCUAGCAACAAGUACUCUGCCAUUCCAGAGUGUGAAUUACUUGAUGGGAACAUGGCCAUUUGGUACAAUCCUUUGUAAGAUCGUUAUGUCCAUAGACUACUACAAUAUGUUCACAAGUAUCUUUACGCUCUGCACCAUGAGUGUGGAUCGCUACAUAGCUGUUUGCCACCCAGUCAAGGCUCUUGAUUUUCGCACUCCCAGAAAUGCCAAAAUUGUCAAUGUCUGCAACUGGAUUCUUUCUUCAACCAUAGGUCUGCCAGUUAUGUUCAUGGCAACCACAAAAUACAGGCACGGUUCCAUUGACUGCACACUUACGUUCUCGCACCCAGCUUGGUACUGGGAGAAUCUACUGAAAAUCUGUGUAUUCAUCUUUGCCUUCAUCAUGCCAGUCCUGAUCAUUACCGUGUGCUAUGGCUUGAUGAUUUUACGCCUGAAGAGUGUCCGCAUGCUGUCUGGCUCCAAAGAGAAGGAUAGGAACCUGAGGAGAAUCACGAGAAUGGUCCUUGUAGUGGUGGCAGUGUUCAUUGUCUGCUGGACUCCCAUCCACAUUUAUGUCAUCAUUAAAGCCUUGAUCAAUAUUCCAGAAACUACGUUCCAAACAGUCUCCUGGCACUUCUGUAUCGCUUUAGGAUACACAAAUAGCUGCCUUAAUCCAGUCCUUUAUGCAUUUCUAGAUGAAAACUUCAAAAGAUGUUUCAGAGAAUUCUGCAUUCCCACUUCCUCCACUAUUGAGCAACAAAACUCCACCCGCAUCCGACAAAACACUCGUGAUCAUGCCUCCACUGCCAAUACUGUGGAUAGGACUAACCAUCAGUUGGAACUUCUGGAAGCUGAAGCUACACCACUGCCAUGAGAGGGUCUCCUGCUGCAUAGCCCUCAAAGCAAUCACAACACCAGUGCCAAGGUGUGUUUGUGGGGAAUGUGUAGGAGACACUUUUUCCCCCCUGGAGGAAAGUGCUUACUUUAAGAUACAUCAAAGUGAUUUGCCACUAUGGCAACUCUGCAUUGCAGUUACAGGAGCAUGAAACCUAAUAGCAGGCAGAGUCAGAUGAAAUGGAGGCUUACCAUGCUCCAGUGUACAAAAAUAUACAUAGUCAUCCAGAAUAUAUACAUUUAUCUAAAAGGGGGCUACUGGACAUUACUGGGAUCAGAUGGCCCAAGUUUUCCUCUGAAUGGUUACAGUAGCAUUAGGUUGGAAGCAAAAACUGAAGGCAUGGGCAAAUAUAGGCUGCUUAAUGGAGGUGAUUUUCUAAUAAAUGGAAGUAGAAUUGCAUACAAAACACCUAGGGAAAUUUUGGAACAGUUUCAGCUAGAAAUGUGCUUUAUACUGGUGGUUUCUUGUAUCGGUUACAAUACAUAUGUUUUUUAUAUGAAAAAUCAUCACUAAGUCAGCUACAGUAACAAAGGAGAUCAAAGCUACCUGUGUGACACAGAUAACAUUCUCAAAAAAAAGUAUGACCCUUUGUAGCAUUUUAAUGGAAAAUGACUCACUUUUUUCAAUGCUCACUUCAAAAACCCAACCCUUAACCUCCUCUUCCACUUUUAACAUACAAAAGUAUUUUAAUAAUAAAAAUAACGCAUUCUCAUUUGUUCAGGAAGAAGCAAGUGGGAAUAACAGUUGGGAAGGUUUGAUGGUCCUCUGGGUUGUUGUUGCUUGUAAAAUAGAUCAAUAAAGGGACUGCAGCUUUUCUGUAAAUUCCAUUGUGACUAUAUGUAGAUUGUUAAUCCUUUCAGAGCUAGCACAGUGUAUUUAUACAUUCUCUUUGAACUAGUUUCUCCAGUUUCAACUGUGCAAUCAGCAACAUCUCAGACUCAUCCAAAUAUUCAUUUUUUGUAUAGCACUCUGGGAUCCUUCAGGAUGAAAGGAGCUAUAUAAAAUGUAAAUCACUAUUAUUAAAUCUGUGAAGAGCUUAAGCAAAUACAGAACACACUUUAGGCCUUUUUAAAAAAGAAAAACAAUAAAGUUACAUUUUGAAAGUAAAUUAAUUUUUUAAAACCAAGCCCAUAACAUUUAUGCUUUUCUAACCAAUGUAAUAAAAUUGUAGUCUGUAUUUCCAUUUUCUAUUGGCUGCUAAAGCACUUUAAAAUGUACAAAAGAAACACUGUACAGAAGCAAUUGCCAUGUAACCUGCUCUCUGGUAUCAAAGACAACUAUCCAUGUAGAUAAUUUGUGGUAAUAUGGUAUUUUGUAGCCACUGUUUGGUAUUUGCUGUAUAUAAUUAAAUGGUCAAGUUAUCCAUGAGACAAAAAAGUACUUACAUGAAUUUACGUGCAUUGUAAAAUAAAACCUUAUCUUUCUCUUGUAAUUAA